AUGGUUCAUCCAUUGAGCCUCAUAACGUUCAUUGCAUCGGUUGCAACUGUGAUUUCACCGGCAGCAGCAGACGGUCAAGGUUCCUUCCUCUGGGAUCCUCCCUACGACAACGAGGCAAAUGUGUAUGCUAGGGUCAUAGAACUCCAGCACGCCGGGUCUAGCAAUGGUAAGCUACUGGCCACUUGGGAGCAUUGGUAUGCCAAUACCACCGAGAAUGCUGCGUACCCAAACGGCACUGAGGGCAGCUUCAUUAUCCGCGAGAGCGAAGACGGCGGAGAGACCUGGAGCACUUUGACAACCAUCUUCGACACACAAGAAGGACCCGGCCAUCCCUGUGCUCGCUUCUGGCAACCAUUCUUCUUCGAGUUUCCUCGCCAGCUUGGCGACUAUCCGGAAGGUACGCUGCUUCUAGUCGGCAACCUUGUGCCUACCAACAAAUCAUUCACCGAGUUUUUCACCUGGCGAUCCAGCGACCAUGGACGCACUUGGGACCCAGUGGGGGCUUGGCAAGAAGGCGGCACGACGAGAGCCGGGAUCUGGGAGCCGUUCCUUUACCUAGACGGUGAUGGGUCACUCGUGGCUGCCUUCUCGGACGAGAGAAACGCCACAACACGCAGCCAGAUGCUAGUCCAAGUCGUAUCAAAUGAUGGUGGGGAUACCUGGGGAGACGUUAUCCCUACGGUAGCGAGUGAAGUUCAGACAGAUCGCCCUGGAAUGCCCACUGUUACGCUGAUGGAUAAUGGCGAGUAUUUGAUGGCCUACGAGAUUUGUGGACGGGAUCCUUUGAACUGUCCGGUCUAUGUGAAAACAUCUCCCGAUGGCAGUACGUGGGAUGAGAAUGAUCUAGGCACUGCCGUCGUAUCCGAGGACGGGCGCUAUCUUGGCUCCAGUCCUUACGCGCUCUGGGACCCGUCCACGAAGCAGUUGCUUCUUGCUGGGCAUAAUACUUGGGACACAACGGCCAACACAAAAACUGCUGAAGCUCAACGCAGCGUAUACAUCAACAAGAACUACGGUGUUGGUAACUGGUCUUGGGCCCCAUCACCCUGGGCUGUCAGCUAUGCUUCGUCUGCGUGCAACUCCAACUACAGCCCCCACAUGCUUCUUCGUUCGAACGGAACUAUCCGUUAUACGUCCCCAACCAGCCAAGGUUCUUCCGGAUACUGUGCUGUGCGCACUGGACAGGCACCUAUUGGGGUUCUGCCUUACGCAGCUGAUUUCGCAGCUAGUGGACAGCUCGGCUGGAUCAACACUGGAGCGGCUGGCAAGGUGGCCUGGUCUGUUUCAGAUGAUCAAUACAACUUUGGCACAGUCGGGGACUCGAUUUCUGCCCUGGCCAUUACAGGAUCGACGGGCUGGGCAGAUUACAAAAUCAGUGCCGAUGUGCAGAUUGUUAGCAACAACGGGACUGUAGGCAUAGUUGCACGAUUGUCUCAGCCAAAGCCUGGCCUUGAUCAGUUUUACGGCUACACAUUGGCCAUUGAAAACUCUACCGGGAACUUGACACUAUACAGGAACACAGACAACGCCGUUGCCUUGGUCUCAAUGGCCUUCUCCGGAGGGAUCGAGCCGGAUGUAUGGUACUCCAUAUCCCUUGCUGUCCAGGGCUCGCAGUUGACGGCAGCACUCAACUCGGAAGAUUCUGGCUCUAGCCUGGCGUUCACUGUGAAUGACGAGAAUCAUCCAUGGGGCAUGGCUGGGCUGAUUGGGAAAAUUGGGGGAGGGGGCUUUAGGAAUGUAUUUAUUGAAUAG